UUUUUCCCAAACGCUCUUAAUUACAGUCUCUGUAACAGAUCCGCCAAAGGUGGUUUCCUGAUUAAUGACUGCCUGAGGUUACCAUCCUCAAACUAUUAAGCCCUUGGAAAUCGCCUGUGGCUGGAUCAUUAAUACCCACGCAUAGACCCUCAUUUCAUUCCGCCGAGUAUCUGCAACUUAGCGGUCUGGUUUUCAGCUUUAUUUUACCGAGGAUGCUGGAGCCGAGGACGGGUAUGGACCCCUCGGAGAACCCAUACCCACCCUAACCUGUGGCUAGCUCGCUCAUUCGUUUUGCUCCUUGGCACCCGCCAGGGCCCCCGCCCCUCGCUUCGCCCCAAUCCUUCCAAACAAGGUUCCCUCCUGCCACCUGCCGGCCCACUAGGGUCUGCGCCACGGGCUCGGCGCCACAGCGCAGCUCGCGGGGAGGCGCCCCCGCCUCCUUACUGCACAUGCCCGGCUGAAGUCCGGGCGCGCAACUUUGCAGAACCUCUCCGCCGCGUCCCUCCCCGCCUCAGUCUCCUCAUUCCUCUCCCAGGCGAGAGGACCAGCGGAGGCACCUCUCCCGGGUCUUAGACCGCAGAGUCUGAGACUUAGAGAGAGGAGCCUGGGAGGAGACAGACUCUCUCUUCCCCCUUUUCCCAUCCCUUCUUCUUGCUCAGAGAGGCGAGCGGAGGCGCGGAGCUUUAGAAAGUUGAGUGGUCAGGAAGGUAGGUGCUUCCCUUUUCCCCCCUCACACAGAGGUGGGGCUGGGACCUCCGGACCCAGCUUCUCACCUCGUGGGGUGCACCUUUUUCGGCUCCAGCAGCCGAUGCGCAUCGGAGCCGCUCUCUGCAGAGCCAGAGGGCGGGUGGGCUUCUCGGUGUGCGCCUAAGAGAAUGGAUCGCAGGUCCCGGGCUCAGCAGUGGCGCCGAGCUCGCCACAACUACAACGAUCUGUGCCCACCUAUCGGCCGCCGGGCAGCCACCGCGCUCCUCUGGCUCUCCUGCUCCAUCGCGCUCCUCCGCGCCCUUGCCACCUCCAACGCCCGCGCCCAGCAGCGCGCGGCCGCCCAGCAGCGCCGGAGCUUCCUUAACGCCCACCACCGCUCCGGCGCCCAGGUGUUCCCCGAGCCCCCCGAAUCUGACCACGAGCACGAGGAGGCAGACCUCGAGCUGUCCCUCCCCGAGUGCCUAGAGUACGAGGAAGAGUUUGACUACGAAUCCGAGAGCGAGACCGAGACCGAGUCUGAAAUCGAAUCCGAGACCGACUUCGAGACCGAGCCUGAGACCGCCCCCGCCACUGAGCCCGAGACCGAGCCCGAGGACGAGCGCGGCCCCGUGGUGCCCAAGCACACCACCUUCGGCCAAUCUCUCACCGAGCGUCUGCACGCUCUGAGAUUGCGGAGCCCCGACGCCUCCCCGAGUCGCGCGCAGCCCAGCACUCAGGAGCCCCAGAACCCCAGGCAGGGGGAGGAGCCCGAGCCCGAGGACAAGGAUCCGAGGGACCCCGAGGAGUCCGAGGAGCCAAAGGAGGAGGAGAAGAAGCAGCAGCGCCGCUGCAAGCCGAAGAAGCCCACCCGCCGCGACCCAUCCCCGGAGUCCCCUUCCAAAAGGGGACCCAUCCCUAUCCGGCGUCACUAAUGGAGGACGCCGUCCAGAUUCUCCUUGUUUUCUUUGACUCAGGUGCUGGAGAAUCUGGUAAAAGCACCAUUGUGAAGCAAAUGAGGAUUCUGCAUGUUAAUGGGUUUAAUGGAGAUAGUGAGAAGGCAACCAAAGUGCAGGACAUCAAAAACAACCUGAAAGAGGCCAUCGAA